AUGGGAAACUGGUAUUGGACGGACCUCUUACCUAUUCUUUAUAUUUGUUUUACAGUAAUUGGCUACUCAUCCCUGUUCCUCGUCUCAUGGGUCAACUGUCAUUUGAUAUACGAGCGAGCCCUUGUACAGUCAAUCUACCGUGUCCCUAAGAUCAGUCAUCUGGGCGCCGAGCAGCCAGAGCUUCAGUUCUUCGCGUUUUUAUGCAUUCUGCAGGCAUGGUCCUUCGGGAACAUGGUCCACUACGUCUACAACGUCUGGAAACUCGUCAUUCCAAAACAUAAGCUCAUUCAAAUCGCUUACUGGAUGGGAAUGAUGUCCGUGAUGGGACUGGUGCUGAUCGGCUGUUUUCAAGUCAACCAAGCCGCUGACAUUCACUUUUCCGGCGCUUUUCUUUGCUUCAUCCUGGGCGGCUUCUACUUUUGCAUCACCACGCUUAUUACAUGCUCGCUUCAGACUAAAUGUGCUUACUUCAAGAGAAUUUACAGGUGGCGUCUGUUACUGACAGGGUUGAUCCUCGUCUGCAUCGCUGUCUUGAUCAUCACCAUGGUCGUCAAGCAACACAUAUAUAACGCGCAGGGCGAGAUGGAAACCGUCACAGAACUCAUCCAGGGCUGCAACAACAUCACUUACGAAAAGAUGACGGAGGGCUACUACACUUGGGAAAUGUAUUCUUCAAUGACGGAGUGGAUCUCUUGCUUCAUCUAUCUUCUGUAUGUUUACACGUACCGGCACGAAGUGAAGCUGAUCGGCAGAUCAAAGACGACCAUUGCAAUCAAACAAUCGAUGCAAUUUACGCAAAUCCCCAGCAGCCCAAAUGAAUCGUGUUCGCAAAAGGUGCCUGGUCGCAACGGCUGGAGCGACGACGACGCUUCAAAGGAAACGACGGAUGCCCUGUUGACCGGGGGCGAGUUGCCCGCCCAAAACAUUUCCAUUUGA